AUUUUCUAUUCUUUACAGCAAAUGAAUCUAGUCGAGCGUUCUCUCAGCAUUCCAGCAGGGCCGAAGUUUACUUGGUCCAGAGGAAUGGCUAAGGCCAGUCGUCUGCAGAUGAUCGAUGAGAAAGACUUGCGCGAUGUAGUUUUGGUCCGAACAAGUGUAGGUGCGUGUUUGCGAGGGCAUUUUGGGAGGACGGGACGCAAAGUGGCUGUGAAGUUAAUCAAGGACAGCAAAUGGAUGGACAGGUUAAAGAAAGAAGGAACGCUGGCCCAGGUGUGUUCUGAGCAAGUUUUAGUCCCACUGGGUAUGUACACCACUCACUCUCUGGUUGGUCUGGUGUGGGACUGGAUGACUGAAGGAUCUCUAGACUCACUACUGCACGAGACAGACGUGUCAGAGCUUUCCAUGGCUCUUAGUCUUCGGAUCCUUUUGGAUGUUUCUAAGGGUUUAGCUCAUCUUCAUUCCAUUCCUCUGCCCCAUGGAGCCCUAAAAGCCACUAAUGUUCUUCUCGACCAACAGUACUCUGCCAAGCUGUGUGACUGGGGUCAAGAGAUAGACAUGCACCUGAGCACCUCUAAUGGCCGUGGACCAUGUUACAGAGAUCUGGCCUACGUGUCUCCUGAAGUCAUGCGGGGUGCUGGUUCUUCUGUAGAAGCUGAUAUGUAUAGUUUUGGGGUUCUUCUGUGGGAAACAUUGAAUAGAAAGCAUCCAUGCAAAGGGAUUGAGCAGCUUCAGACCAAAUUGGAGUUUGGUUUAGAUGUUGACCUUCUGCCAGCGAUGACCCCUCAAAGCCAUGCCCUCGCCCAGCUCAUCAUUAGGUGCUUGAACAGUGAUCCUCAAAAACGACCAUCGGCUGAGGAGUGUGCUAUGGUUCUGAGGACAACUCUGGAAGUGUUUGAUUCACAGACUUUCACUGAAGCUGUUGUUUAUCUGAAAACAUGCAAGGAGAGGAGGCUGCUGAGCUGUAAAAAGCGCUCAUCCUGGGAAUUGCCUAUUGAGCUACAUAACCUAGAGAACAAUAAUUGCAAAAGUACUACAAAAAAAUGGAACUCAAAGGUAAUUCCCCAGAAUGAAACGCUGCUAGUGUCUUCACCGAAUACAACAGUAAAGAUGCCUCCGCCAAUAGCAACAAGAGGUUGUCCUCAGAUUGGAUGUUGUAGGGAUACUGGCAAAAGUUCAGUCCAAUCCAAUAACUCCUGCAGCGAUCAUGGUUUGGCUAAGAAUAACGGACGCCCCGGAGUUCCCCAGAGACAGAGCUCUACAUCUUUAAGGUCCCCAUGUGUUUCCCCCACAACAAUCUUUCAGAGUAAUCCACAAAACAACGCUGGCAACCAGGUAAAAUGUCAGCUGUCUGCGGGAAGGAGCUGUUGCCAACUUCUGCAAGAAAGACGGGAGUCCAUUGUCCGCUGCAUGACUGAGGGCCGACUCAACAACGUCCUUGACGUACUGCGGGCCAGACAGGCUGUGACCCGCGAGACGUACGAGAUCAUCACUGCGGCCCUGACCUUGACCGCACGCACGCGCUGUUUGCUUGACAUCUGUGCCUGCCUCGGUGAAAACGUUGCUAUCUUGGUGGCCUCGACUUUAGGUUUAGUAUCCACCGAGAAUUCUCAGACCACCCAUAGGUGGCAGGCUGUUUAAACUAUGCCAGCGAAAUGCAGCAACUGCACAUGGAACAACUGAUAUCAGAUUGAUAUAAGAUUUGUAUGGCACUGUAAUGUGUCAUUAAUAUGUUGAGAUGGUUAGCGUGUUCUUGUUUGAACUCUUGAAGAAGAGAGGUCAGACUCUCUGGAAGUGUAUGCUGCAAUGCAGUUUAGUCUUAGAUCUAAAAAUCUCAUCACAUUGACACCCAUUAUAAUGGGUCAUUGUUUGCCGCUUCACAAACUGAAGGGAUUAGUUAGCAGCCUUUGAACUUGAUGUUCUGAUGAAUGGGCAAAUACAGGUUUGAUAGCAUUCCUUUGUUCGCGGAGAGAAAAAAUCAUCAGCGCAAAAAACAUUUAUUUUGAAAAGAAGCUUUAUGAAUGAUAAGGCCGUUUCGUUUAAUCAUGCUCACUUAACAGUGCUUGCUGUUAACGUUCUCUUACAGAGAAGUUAACAGUGUGUCAUAUUAAUUUGACAUGCUCAUCAAAUAUUUUUCUUACUAUAAUCACAUUUAUCUUGCGUGUACUUUACAUUUACAAGGAUGCGUGUUUGUUUGUUUUUCGUUUAGACCUACAGUUGUGCGUGUUGCACAAUAGAUUCAGUAGUUUCUGAUUGUAGUGUAUCUUGCAACAAGAUUUUAUUUGCUGUGUACAGUUUGUACCAUGGCGUGUACAAAGUGAAAUAAAUAAAAUGAAAUAAAAUGUUAAUGUAUGGACAAAA